UACGAUUUCGAUGGAAAAUGAAGGUUGCACGUCUUCAAAAAAUCCCUGAUGGUGACAAUGAGACAAUGAUUCCUGUACUGUCCUCCAAAAAAGCAAGUGAACUGCCAGUUGAUGAAGUAGCCAGCAUUCUGCAAGCCAAUCUUCAGCAUGGCUUAAAAAACUGUGAAGUUUGUCACAGACGAGCAUUCCAUGGCUGGAAUGAGUUUGACAUCAGUGAAGAUGAACCACUGUGGAAAAAAUACAUUUCCCAGUUUAAAAAUCCUCUCAUCAUGCUCCUCCUGGCAUCUGCAGUCAUCAGUGUUUUAAUGCAUCAGUUUGAUGAUGCUGUCAGUAUCACUGUGGCAAUACUGAUUGUUGUGACAGUUGCCUUCGUUCAGGAGUACAGAUCAGAAAAAUCUCUUGAAGAGCUUAGUAAACUUGUGCCUCCAGAAUGCCACUGCGUACGGGAGGGUCGGCUGGAGCACACCCUUGCGAGGGAUCUGGUGCCCGGGGACACCGUCUGCCUGGCUGUGGGGGACAGAGUCCCAGCUGACCUACGCUUGUUUGAGGCUGUGGACCUCUCUGUUGAUGAAUCCAGUCUCACAGGUGAGACAGCUCCUUGCUCCAAGUCUACAGCUCCUCAGCCAGCAGCAACCAAUGGAGACCUUACUUCCAGGAGCAAUAUUGCCUUCAUGGGAACGCUGGUCAGAUGUGGGAAAGCAAAGGGGAUAGUUAUUGGAACAGGAGAAAACUCUGAAUUUGGGGAGGUUUUCAAAAUGAUGCAAGCAGAAGAGGCUCCAAAGACCCCUCUGCAGAAGAGCAUGGAUCUCCUAGGAAAACAGCUCUCCUUGUAUUCCUUUGGUAUCAUAGGUGUUAUUAUGCUGGUUGGCUGGCUGCAGGGCAAGCACAUCCUUGAUAUGUUCACAAUUGGUGUGAGCUUGGCUGUGGCUGCAAUCCCUGAAGGACUCCCAAUUGUGGUGACAGUGACCCUGGCCCUUGGUGUGAUGAGGAUGGUGAAGAAAAGAGCAAUUGUGAAAAAGCUGCCGAUUGUGGAGACUUUAGGUUGUUGCAACGUAAUUUGUUCAGACAAAACUGGAACUCUGACCAAGAACGAGAUGACUGUCACUCAGAUUGUCACUGCAGACGGGCAGCAUGCUGAGGUUACUGGAGUAGGCUACAACAGGUUUGGGGAAGUGCUGCUGGAGGGUGAAGUGAUUCAUGGUUAUAACAACCCAUCCAUCAGCAAAAUCGUGGAGGCUGGCUGUGUAUGCAACGACGCUCUGAUCAGGAACAACACCUUGAUGGGGAAGCCAACGGAAGGGGCUCUGAUUGCGCUCGCCAUGAAGAUGGGUUUGGAUGGACUCCAGGAAGACUACAUAAGGAAGGCUGAGUAUCCCUUCAGCUCAGAACAGAAGUGGAUGGCUGUUAAAUGUGUUCACAGAGUGCAGCAGGACAAACCUGAAAUGUGCUUUAUGAAAGGUGCUUAUGAGCAAGUCAUCAGGUACUGCACAUCCUACAACUGUAAGGGGCAGACCCUGCCUCUUGUGCAGCAGCAGAGAGAGCAGUACCAGCAAGAGAAGGCAUCGAUGGGCUCUGCAGGACUUAGGGUUCUGGCCCUGGCUGCUGGGCCUGAGUUAGGGCAGUUGACCUUUCUGGGGCUGGUGGGAAUCAUCGACCCUCCACGGACUGGUGUGAAGGAAGCUGUUACUACCCUGAUCACCUCAGGAGUUGCCAUCAAAAUGAUUACUGGGGAUUCCCAGGAGACUGCAGUUGCCAUUG